AUGUUUGCAUUAUUGCCAAUCACAUGGCGACACGCUUGUCGCCAUGGCGCAUUAUACCAGGCAAGACAGGCCUCGUCGAAGCGCUGGCAGGCUCGACAGCAAAAGGAUCAGUUCACGAGAGAAGCAGCAGUGCAAGGGCUGAAAAGCAGAGCCGCUUUUAAAUUAUUGCAGAUCGACGAGAAAUAUAGAAUUUUCAAGGGUGGGCAGACAGUUGUUGACUUGGGCUAUGCGCCAGGCUCAUGGUCUCAGGUGGCUGCAAACCGCACCCAACCGUACGGUCGAGUCCUCGGUGUCGACAUCAUCCCAGCCCAGCCACCGAAAGGAGUGUCUACAAUCCAGGGCAAUUUCCUCGCACCCGAAAUUCAAACAUAUAUUCGAGACUUUCUCCGCAGUCCCGACCGAGGCAGACCGCGCCAGCCCGGCCUUCAGGGCGAUUCUAGUGCCAGUCUUUUGGAACCGACUUUAGAUUCUGAACACCCUGACGAAAAAUCUCGUGGAAGUGAUAAAAUACUUGAAAGAACGGUGGAUGUGGUUCUAAGCGAUAUGAUGAUGAACACCAGCGGUCUCAAUUUCAGGGAUCAUGCUGGCAGUAUGGAUCUCUGCCACGCGGCUUUACGCUUCAGCACAGAGGUUUUGAAAACAGGCGGUCAUUUUGUCUGCAAAUUCUACCAAGGCGCCGAGGACAAAGAGUUGGAGCAGCAAUUGAGAGAUCUAUUCAAAAAGGUCCAUCGGCUAAAACCCGAAUCAUCUCGCAGCGAAUCCAAAGAAGCAUUUUUUGUUGGUCUGGAGCGGAAACCAUGA